AUGGCGCGCGGACUCUCGCGCGAGCUCGCCAAGGAGAAGGCGCAGAAGAAGGCGAACGCGAACGCGGCCAAGGGAAAUAAGGAGGGGCUGACGCCGGCGCAGCGCGCGGAGCGCGACGCGAAGAUUUUACAAGAGAAAAAGGCGCGGAAGGAGGCCGAACGCGCGGCGCUCGCGGCGAGUGGCGCCGACGGCGCGGCCGCGGUCGCGGCGGAGGAGGCGAAGAAGGCGGCGAUGCGCGCGAAGCAGCGAGAGAAUAAGUUGAACGCGGCGAAUCCGUUGUUGGCAAAGCAGAAGAAGUGA